ACUAACAGUGUUCUAGAGUGCUCCACGAUCAGGGCCAUCUUUGGUCGUCCUCGCCGGUGACAGUGUGGACAGUUUUUUCUCACUCCCAGUAGUCAUUUAUGCCUCAUGAUUCAUUAAUAAAAGUUCAUUUUGAACGAGCCGUUUAAAAGCACUCGGGCAGAGAAAAGGGAGCCGAAUCCCCUUUUUUUGUGUGGAUUCACUGGUAAUUCCUCCACCCAAUACCCUUCAUUUCUCAAGGCAAGAAGAGGGCGAGACGGGAGAGGCGGUGACACAACAUGGAUGAGGAAUAUGAUGUGAUCGUUUUGGGCACCGGACUCACAGAAUGCAUUCUGUCCGGGAUCAUGUCUGUGAACGGGAAAAAGGUUCUGCACAUGGACAGGAACCCCUACUAUGGCGGCGAGAGCUCCUCCAUCACCCCUCUGGAGGAGGUGUACAAGCGCUUCAGUCUUCCAGACAGCCCGCCCGAGUCCAUGGGCCGAGGAAGAGACUGGAACGUCGACCUCAUCCCCAAGUUUCUCAUGGCCAACGGUCAGCUGGUGAAGAUGCUGCUAUACACAGAAGUGACACGGUACCUGGACUUUAAAGUAGUGGAGGGAAGCUUUGUGUACAAGGGAGGAAAGAUCUACAAGGUUCCAUCGACCGAGACCGAGGCACUAGCUUCAAAUCUGAUGGGGAUGUUUGAGAAGCGAAGGUUUCGGAAGUUCUUAGUCUUUGUGGCCAACUUCGAUGAAAAUGACCCCAAAACGUUUGAGGGCGUGGACCCCAAAACCACGACGAUGAGGGAUGUUUACAAGAAGUUUGACCUGGGCCAAGAUGUCAUAGACUUCACCGGCCACGCCCUGGCCCUCUACAGGACAGACGACUAUCUUGACGUUCCCUGUUUGGAGACGAUCAAUCGGAUCAAGCUGUACAGUGAGUCGCUGGCGCGGUAUGGGAAGAGCCCCUACCUCUACCCCCUGUACGGUCUGGGAGAGCUGCCCCAGGGAUUUGCCAGAUUGAGCGCAAUCUACGGAGGGACCUACAUGCUGAACAAACCAGUGGAGGAGAUAGUGAUGGAAGGCGGCCAUGUUAUUGGAGUGAAGUCUGAGGGCGAGGUGGCCCGUUGUAAGCAGCUGAUCUGCGACCCCAGCUACAUCCCGGACCGCGUCCGGAAGGCUGGCCAGGUGAUCCGUGUGAUCUGCGUCCUCAGCCACCCCAUCAAAAACACCAACGACGCCAACUCCUGCCAGAUCAUCAUUCCUCAGAAUCAGGUUAACCGCAACUCAGACAUCUACGUGUGCAUGAUCUCCUACGCCCACAACGUGGCCGCCCAGGGGAAGUACAUCGCCAUAGUCAGCACCACGGUGGAAACCAGCGAGCCCGAGGCGGAGAUAGAGCCGGCCCUGGAGCUGCUGGAGCCCAUCGACCAAAAGUUUGUGGCUAUUAGUGACCUUUAUGAGCCCACAGAUGAUGGUACUGAUAGCCAGGUCUUUGCCUCGAGGACCUACGAUGCCACCACUCACUUCGAGACCACCUGCAACGACAUCAAGGACAUCUACAAACGCAUGACCGGGAGCGACUUUGACUUUGAGAACAUGAAGCGCAAACAGAACGAUGUGUUUGGGGAGGAUGAGCAGUGAGCGGUAGAAGGGCUUCAGAGAGAGGGGGCGGGGCCGGGAGAGGAGGCGGGGGCGACAAGGAGCAAGCGAGGCGGCAGAGCCUGCAGGUAGAGGGCCGAGAGCAGUCCUUUAAAAACAGACGGGUGGGAGCAGGGCAGAUGGGGGGGGGGGGGGUCUCUGGACUUUGCCUGCCCUCAGCUGUUUGCCUCCUUUUCCUUACGUCCCUCUCUCUCUCGACACACGUUCAAACACAUAAAUGCUCACAAACACACACACACACACACUCCUUAUCUCUGUCACUGAAAAGCAGGGUUGAUAUGGUCUUUCAUUCCAUUUUAGACUUUACAGUAUAAUCAUGUCUUUACUAUGAUCAUUAAAGGUGAAGUUAUUUCUCGUUGUUGGCGAUUUUCAAAGCAUUUCAUUCUUUCUGUAACGUCUUUCUUCUCAUAUCAGAGGUUGGUUUGAUGGAUGGAAGACUGAUGGCAUUGAGAGGUGUGACCUGCGAGCUCUGACAUGAGAAAUCUGUAAUGGCUUAGUGUAGAAUCCUCUGGAAGGGUCCCCUCCAGUUGCAUGCAUCUUUUACACACAGUAGUAUUGUACAUAGACUCAAAAUGACACUGCGGUAUGAAGGCUGGACCAUUCCACGCAUCGCUCCUGUCAACCCUGCUUUCACUUUUCUCUUACUUGGUCUUUUACCUGUGUUUCGUCAAAAGACGCUGCUCCUUUUGGCAAAAUCUGUUGGUCCGGCAAAAAAAAAAAAAAUGUGAUGAGAACUUACAUAUAAAUGGGCUGUUCUGUCAACUGAUAGUGCUCACUUUGCAAUGCUGUUGUGUUCCCUGUGCUAGCGGGCAAGUUAACCAGUGGCUAUUAACUGUCAACCACCCAAUCCCCCCCCCCCCCCCCCCACAAAAAAGUUCCUGUGUUUAUCUCUGUGUGAUGUCAAUUUUGAAUUUUAAUAGUUUACUUUCUAACAUUUUUUUAAGUUAUUAAAGAGUUUUAUUUCUAUAUAUUUGGUGCACAUUUCAGUGGCUGAAGUUAUGACGUUUACAGAUCCGAGGUUGAAACUGUGGUCUUCAAGUAAAAAAAAAAAAAAAGGGAAAGUCCAGAGCAAAAGAGGCACGGAGCGGACUUUUCUGGUGUGAGGCGAGGCUUUCUAUGAAGUAUUCUGGAAGUUUAGGAAUGAGAGAUGAAAAACCAAUUGAUUAUGGAAAAUUGUACUUCUUGAGAUGCGAGGGAGUGUGGCACGGGGGAAAGAAUGUAUGUGGGGAAGGUUUGGGAUUUUUGGAAAGUUUCACUGUUGAGUGGAGAGGGUGAAGACUGAAAUUUCGGCUCAAAGUGAAAGCACCAGAUUGCGUUUUGGUUGUUUCAACCCUUGUGUAUGUCAUUUAGACGAGUCAUUCCUAUGAAUAACAGUAGUUGUUAACCAAGCUGGAGACUUUAAAAGACUUCGUAGCAAAAGGUAUGGAGCCAAUCGCAGGUGCCGCCCCACGAACACGAACCAAGAUGCUUUUAUUUGACUGUAGCGUUAAUUUGGGGUCUUAUUUAAACGUUUGGGCCAUUUGCAAAAGUUGCUUUGUUUUAAAUAACGGUUAGUGGCAGGUCAGUCUAGUGCUAAAAACGGCGUUGCUGUUAUUGGUAAAAGUUCCAGACAUGU